AACAACUCCACCCACAAAUCCGAAGUCUUAUUUGUUGAACUCGUCGGACGCAGGUUACGAUAGGAAUAUCGCGCCACUGCUAGUUGCUGAUUCAAAGACGCCACCGCCUGCGCCAUCGCCAAUGCGUCCGACGAACACGGGAAGAAAAAGCUCUUCGCCCUCUGCUGCGAGUCUAGCUUCUUCGCCUGUUGGUUGCGCUCCAACAAGCGGCUCCAGUUUGUCCGCAGUUGGCACCCCAGCAGGAGUACUUGCUACUACCCUAACAGUCGUGGGAAGCAAACCUCCUACGUGGACACUGAC